AUACAAUGGAAUCCAGUUUGUCAUGGGCUACUCUCAGCAUUAUAGGUUCAAGUUCAAUUAUUGCAUCUGCUGUGUUUCAGAAUAUAAUGAAAACCCCAGAGGUAAGGCCCCUCUUUUACCUGAGCCUCUCAGACCUACUGCUAGGAAUGUGCUGGCUCACCGGGGCUCUUCUGUAUGGGACGCUAUCAGCCAACGAGGACGUGGUCUGCUACAACCUUCAAACGACGGGACAGAUAUUCUACAUCUCCUCCUUUCUGUACACCGUCAACUACACUUGGUAUUUGUACAUGGACCUGAAGAUGAAAUACAGCCAGAACAUAUACAGCACAUCCCCACAGGUGGGGGACUGCACCUCCCGGCUGGGGAAAGCAGCUACAAUUUUGUCCAGCCUGAUCCCUCUGUUGUUGAUGGUGCCCGUAUUCUGCCUGGGCAAUGCCAGCGAUUGCUUCCGCAACUUCAGCCAGAGCCACAGGUGUCUUCUGAUGCACACCCCGCCACCGGCCAUGGCUGAGCUGGUGCCAGCCCUCAGCAGCGACGUCUGCGCUGCCUUGUACUUCUACAGCCUAGCUGCCUUCCUCAUCAGCUUCCUGUUCAGCUUCCUCACUAUCCUGGCAUUGCUCCUCCGGGCGCAGAAGCUGUACAAGAAGUUUGUGAAGUCAACGGGCUUCCUGGGUGACCAGCAGUGGGCCAUGAUCCGCGUAGUAGAGCAGCGAGUGCGCUUCUACCCAGCUGCCUUCUUCUGCUGCUGGGGCCCAGCCGUCAUCUUGGGGAUCGUGAAGCUGAUCAUGCCGCAGAACACCGAACUCCACAUGGCCCUUUACGUGCUGCAGGCUCUGACUGCCGCCUCCCAGGGUCUUCUCAACUGUGGGGUGUACGGCUGGACGCAGCACAACCUCUCGCGCCUCAAGUGGGAGGGCCGGCGGGACGCCGACACGCAGACUCCACUGCUGCGCUCCCAGAAGAGGUUCUACGCCAGCACCCUCCCCUCCCCGCGGCACAGCCCCCUCCCCAGCUCCACCACCUCGUCUGCCCUCUGAGGCCCCGGGACUGACAGCGCCAGGAUGGGGCAGACGGGGUGUGGAGGGGACGGUCCCGUCCAGAGCUGCCCCACCCUCAACACGCGGCUUUGUUUAUUGUGGAUUGGCUGACCGGUGGUGCCGGAAGAGGGGAGGAGUGGCUUCCGGCUGGACUCGGGUCCAGCUUCCCUUCCCCUGACCUCAAUGAUGGUCAAAUCUGUGGCGACCCCAACCCUCAGGACCAUAAACCCCGCCGUGUAUUUAUAACCCUGGCUCCCCCGGACACAGCCACAACCCCCACGGCCAGGAACGCUUACGGGGGUCGGGCCUGGGUGUCACCAAAACCCCGGACCGCAGCCUGAACGGAGCCCAGACCGAGAGGAUGCAGUUCUCUUUAUUCAGAGUAACCGAGGAGCCCUUCCCGCACGCCGGCCAGCGCACGUGCUAAAUUCAGACCCGAGAGCCGCUCUCUCCCAACUGAAGGCCGCACCCAGGCCUGCACCCGAGCCAGCCCUGCUGCCUGAAAUCUGCCUCAAACUGGGCCUCCGCAGCCCCAUUCGAGGACGGAUGAUUCUGUGGCGUUAUUUCCCCCUCUCCGGCUGCUGCUCUUCACCUUCCCCGACGGGUAGUUUCGAAACAACUGGAAUCUGCCGAAGACUCCCUUCUGACCACCGGCCCCGUCCUGCCCUCCGGCGCCCUAUCCCCCUACGCUCUGACUGGUCUCCGCGCCCAGCCGACGCCUCAGCCUCUCCCGUGCCCUGUUGCAGGCUUCCCGGACCUGGCGCCGCUUGACGAAGGCGAUGAUGAAGAUGGCGGCAAACACCAAGCCGAGGGUGAGCAGGGUCCAGAGGAGCGUGCUUCUCAGGCCCGAGGCCCUCUCGGGGGCGGGCCCGCUGUCCACGCUGCCCCCGAAGCCCUUGAGUUCACAGCGGGGCGGGGCAAAGCCGUAACGGCAAUGGCAGUUCUUGAAGUUGUUGCAGACGCCCCGGCCGUGGCACCUGGCGGCCGGGUCGCAGUCGUAGCCGAGCAGCGAGGCGUUGGCGCAGGUGUGGUUCAGGCAGACCCUCCCGGGGCCGCACAGCGUCCCGUCCUCCACCGCCCCCUCGUCGGGCGCGUCGACGGGGGAGAGCGGGUCCAUGCCCCAGCACCAGCUGCCCUCCAGGGGGAACUGGACGAGGGUGUGUUGGUGCCCCAUCCGGGGCAGCCGCCGGACGUUCUCGCACUGCAGCCUGCCGCACAGCACGUCCCCGAGCCGGCACUUGGAGAAGUCCCUCUUCAGGCCCUGGACGGCGACGCCGCAGUUG